AGUUACAAAAGCAAACGACAGUUUUGGUUUUGGAUGUUGACAAAUUAAGUUGAGAUAUCUAAUCAGAAUUGGAUUGGAAUAGCAACAUGUAAAUGGCACCACCAAUAAAAUGUUCUUCCAUAUUUUAACCCAAAAUGAGUGAAAAAUUAUUAUAACUCAUUUGUUAUAACAAAAUAAUAUCCAUCAAUGUACAACAAUAACCAAAAGAAGUAUCGAAUAUUCCCCAAACCAAUAAAAAACUAAUUUCUUUUAACCAUACAUUGCAUAUACAUACAUAAGCUAAAACGCCUAAACUUCAUAUAACAAUUCUGUGAUAAUAUAAACCAAAAGAUGAAGUCGUUGGCCUUGCACUUGCUUGCAAUUCUGUUGCUAGGAUCAUUGCAAAUCACCGCAAAUAAAUAUUUCUUGACAACUGCGGCAGCUAGCAUUUCCGCAUCAACAUUUCCAACAGCAUUACCCACAGCAACAACACAACAACUACCUACAUUACAUGCGCCACAUCGUUCAUCACAGCCACCAACCACUCUAAUGACGACGAAACCAAACACAGAAGUAACAACAGCCGCCAUACCAACAGCAAGCAGAAGACAAAACCAACAGACGUUGCACGUAAGACGAAUACCGGCACAAGCCAACUCAAUGACCAGCACUAAUGCAGAUGCAACAUCGGUCAUGUUUUCUUCAGCAAGACUUGUGCGCAAUGCAAACAUUGCCAACAUUGCCAACAUUGCCAACACCACAAAUCCAAACGGCGUACGUCCAAAUCGCAGUCUACAAAACACAGCGACAGCAGAACAACGGAACAGCAAUGCUAAUAACAGCGAAGCUAAAACCAAAAAUCAGCAGCCUGAAAGCCGCCGACAACGUUACAGGCCAAAUAAAGACAACACUAAUAGCAGUAAUACGGCUCAAGUAUCGUCUACCACAGUCACGCCGAGAACAUCACAGUCCACGGCGGAACGCUCUUCCAGCGAAGAGCACGAUCAAGCAACAUUUGCUUUGAAGACAAGCGGUCGUCAGCCUAGAAAACUAAUAUUGGCAGCAGAUAGCGGUGAUGUGUCUGGGAAGCAUGCGGCGCACUCCAUAAAUUCUACCGAUUCCCAACAGACGCUGAAAACGCCACGAAUGAUACAACGACUUGUUGCAGGUCAUAUACAGAAUGCAGAAGGACGGUCAACGUUUGAGAUAUCUACAGUUUCGACGAAUAGCAGUGUUUCCGCCAGCUCCAGCUCCAAUUCUAAAAAUAUCGUGCCCUUGUAUCGUCGAAAAGAAAUGGUACUUAGUAGUUCUUUUAGAAAAUCUAAAACAACUACAUCUACACCAUCAACAAUAACAAUUACGACGACACCAAAUAAUUUAACUCAUAAUAUAAGCACAAUUUCUCUAAAUCACGAUGAUUAUGACGAUGAUAAUGAUGAUGAAGCUUUGCUUGAUGAUGCUGGUGAUUUUGAUAAUUGGGAUAAUGGUAUUUUGCGUUUAAGCGCUGGUUCAGGUAAGGAAAGUUCAGCUAAAUCGAAAAAAAAUAAAGAAGAUUCCAAAAAGACGUUAUCGGAUCAAGUCCGCGAUGGAAAAUAUGGUUUAAUCGAAAAAGAAAUAUUUCGCCGCGAACCUAAGCGUCCAGGUGUUUUAAGCUAUUUGCCAAAUAAGGAAGUCCCUUUUGACAAUGAAAGAAACUAUGGUGGUUUGAAUGAGGAAGAUAUUUGGUUAGCGGAAGAUCAUUUACUUGUUAUUAAAGGCGGUAGUUUAAAUGAGGACAAGCUUGAUGAACCGUGGCCUCCCAUUGAUGAUUAUGAUGCACCAGGGAGACAAAUUAAAAUCCCGAAGCAUCCGAAAGUUCCGCCACCAUUUCCUGUCCAGCUCGAAGAAAACGGACCGAUACAGUUUAUCGGAAAUAAUAAAUUCACGGUCGUCUAUCCGGUCACUAACGAAUCGUUACCAAUUUAUCCCGUCGGCCCAGAAACCAACUACGCGUCGCCCGAAAAUGAUAGUGACGACGAGAAAAAUCUUAUUACCGGGACACGAUCGCCUCAAGAUACUACGAAAGCUGAACCGGGUUACCUCUACCCGGCGCCCUAUCCACCGUGGCUAUAUCACAACCAAACAUUUGUUAAUCCCAUCUUAAGUAAUACUCGACCAAUCAAUUUCCCAAGCUUAGGACCAUUUCCUUUUGGUAGGAAUGGUUCGCUUGAAAAUUCUAAUGGUACCGAUUAUUUCGAUGAGGAUGAUCCAUCCCUUUAUUAUCCACCAGCAUAUAGUUUUGUAUACAAAAACAACUAUAGCAACCCUGUACCUCCUGGACCGAUUGUUCCAGGAAUUGUACUACCACCACCUCCGGAACAGUUUUCGCGAUUAGAAAAAGAAGAAAAGAUAACUACAUCAAGUCCACCUCCAUCAACCACAUAUUUGCCUACUCGACAUAGAAUUUAUUCUACAACAUCUGUGCCAACUACUAUUUCCACAACAACAGCAAUCCCUCACCGGCAAGUUAUAACAAAAAUAUCUGAAUACACUCCAAAAACUAUUACCAUCACACCAAUUCCAACGACAGUACCGACACCUAUUCAAACGAAAACAGUUGUGAGAUUCCCACCAUCUCCACCACCAACUCCAAUUUCUUCUGUUACACCACCUGUUGAACCAGUUCCAGUUCCAGUUGCUGUGCCAGUGCCAAUAUACCCAUCUAAUCAUUAUCAAACUGAACGACCAAGUAUUGUGUCUUUUGUACCUACGACACCUUCAUCUACAACAGAUACACUAUCUAAGUCCAAUCCUAUAUACUACGAAUAUGUUGAAGCGAAACGUAAACCAACCACAUCUAAUGUUAUUGAUGACUUUUUAUCUACUACAAAUAAGCCUCCUGUUUCUGAAAGACCAGUAAAACUGUAUCCAGCUAAUAAACGUCCGUCUAAAGGACAAAAUCAUCGUCAUUACUUACCAGCCAAUCGUCCAUUCAUACAAGAAAAUAUUGUGUAUAUUACUCCCAAACCAGAAGUACGCUAUAAACCGCCAACACAUGUUACGCUCUAUAAGCCUCGACCAUUGGAAAACUUUGAAAAUGAAGUCAAUGCAAUACGCGAGACACUGCGCUACUAUCAAAAUCAACAAUUAAGAGACAAUAAUAUACCACGAACACCGAAGGCAAAAACUGUGUAUGAGUACUCAUUUGAUGCCACCAAAAACCUGCAACCAGUACAACCUAUUGCAAAUGAUGACUUUAAGCCUCCAACAGAAUUUGAUGAUCAACCCUUUCAACCAAUGGUUACCUAUAGUCCACCAGUCGAUGAUGAAAAUUCAUUCCGCGCUGUUGCUUUUGAUAAGGUGGAUAGUAAAACGCAAGAACAACCGCAACCGAAAUAUCAAACUUCCACGACUUUAAUUCCGGUAGAACCAGAGGCACAAUAUCAACGUACUUCUCAAGGUAGAUCUAAAAAAUUACGAUUAACUGCAAAAUAUCUUGAACAACCACUUGUUGCAUCAUAUCAACGGCAGCAACAACAACAAGAUCCAAGAAUUUCUCAGGAGUUUCAGAGUACACCAAGAACUAUAUUAACAACACAAGCUCCGUGGGCUUCUAUAGAUGAAUCAAGAAUAACUGAUUAUAGACAUCCACAACAACAACGUGAACAAUAUGAACGUGUACAAAUACCAUACAAGAAUCGAUUUCCCGGUUAUUAUUACGGUCCUCCUCAACCGCCGAUACGUCAAAAUAAUCGAUUCUACGAUGAACCAUUUCAAGGUCCGGUGCGUAAAAUUAUAAAUUAUCGUCCACCUCUACCGCCCGCUCAGCAGCAUCAACAACAACAAUCACCGGUUUGGAGUUUAGAAAACGAUACAUAUGUAAAUUAUGCACCUAAUCGUCCACCACUUAAUCCCGAAGCUGAAUUUAUUGAUCCUUAUCAAACAAUACCAUUAAAUCCAUAUCGAAAUCAGGGCCCCCGCUUACCAUUACCACCACUUUCACAUCAAUCCCAAUAUUAUGCACCGCCACAGCGGCUAUCACCGUCAUUACGUCAACAACAACAACCACAUUCUCUACAUCGUGAUAUUUUAGUGAACUACAGACAGCCUCUACCACCACUGAAUCCAGAAAGUGAAUAUAUUUCACACCCACAAGUGGUACGUAAUCAACCACAGCAAGUUUAUAGAGAGAAUGAUUAUAGACAACUACCGAAUGUUGGUGAACAAGGCAAUGUCUAUUAUAUUACACCAAAAUAUCGACGAGCUUUUAACAGUAAUAAUAAUAACAACAAUAAUAAUAAUAAUAAAAACAAUAAUGCUAACACAGGAGGUGAAAAUAAUGGAAAAUAAUUGGACCCUCUUUUAAACAUUGGUGUCAAAUACUUGAUAUGGCUGUGUGCAUGUGAUGUCUGUUUGAAAGGAAUGAAUGAGAUAUGAAGAUUGUGUAUUAAAAUAUAGUUAGAUAGUUCAGUAUAUUAUUGAUUCUUUUGAAAUUCAUAUUUGAUAUGUGAUUUAUUGUAGAGACAUAAUUAUUAAUUUAUAUUUUUAUAAUGUAUAGGUAAUAUAUGAUCAAAGAAUAAAACUAAAUAUAAUGUCAAUGGUAUUUCUUUAGAAGUUUUAAUGAUAGAAAUUAGUUUGAA